AUGGCUCGAGAUCUGGAUUUCCCCGUCAUCAUUACUGGAGGUGGAGGAUGUGGUUUGUCCAUGUCAUCGUUCCUCUCUGACUACGGGGUCGAUCACAUUUUGUUCGACCGCAAGACCGUGGCCUCAGCUCUUCCAAAGGCACAUUACCUCAAUCAGAGGACCAUGGAGACGUUUAGGUUGCAUGACAUGCACAGAGAAAUCCAGAAAAAGAGCUGUCCUCCCAGCCGAAUGAGUCAGGUUGCAUGGGCCACUUCACUCGGAGGUAAUGGGCACCUGGACAGGAAAGUGAUUCACCAAUUCCCAUGCUUUGGUGGCGAUGAUGGCGGCUUCAAAUCACAGGCAUACAAAAGAGACGGUCCAGAAGGAUCGGCCAAUCUUCCACUUUGCAGAAUGGAACCCAUCUUACGGCGAAUGGCGGAAGAAAGGAAUCCCGGACGUAUCUGUUUCGGAUGUACGGUCGUCGAUUUUCAAGAUAUCGGUGAGUACGUUGAGGUUACUGUCCAAGACACGGCGGGAAACCUUUCAGCUUAUCGAACGCGAUAUCUCAUUGGUGCAGACGGCGGACGCACCGUUGGGCAUAAGAUCGGUGUCACAAUGGAAGGUCGUACUGGAAUCACAGAUAUGGUCUCUGUGCACUUCGGAGCAGACCUCUCCCAGUACUGGGACGAAACCUUUUUCGCCUGCCAUUUCAUAAACGGCGAAUGCGGAACGAUCUUUGAGAGCGGAGCUAUAGUCCCCAUGGGUCCAACCUGGGGCAGGCAAUCUGAAGAAUGGGUCAUGCAUUUUGGUUUCGCAUUGGACGACGAAGCCAGGCACCAAGAGGACAAACUGAUACCUCGAAUCCGCGAUCUCCUCAAGAUUCCAGAUCUAGAGAUCAAAGUUCACAGAAUAAGUCAUUGGAUUAUCGAAAAAGUGGUGGCGGACAAGUACCGCGUUGGCAACGUUUUCAUUGCUGGCGAUGCUGCUCACAAACGUCCUCCAACCACCGGGCUGGGCUUGAAUACGGCGAUAGAAGACGCCUUCAAUCUAUCUUGGAAGUUGGCCAUGGUCCUCAAGCACAACGUCGACACCAAGAUCCUCGAUACUUAUGAGCUGGAACGACGACCAGUCGGCAAAAGAAACGCCGACUGGGGUCUGUUCACCUUCGAGAACUCCGCUGUAAUUAAUGCCGCUAUUGGCUUGGUUGCCGGACAGAAGGAGAACAACAAGUCCAGAUUCGAGGCAGUGUUUGAAGACUCUUUAACAGGGCGAAGCAUCCAAGCGCAGGUCAAGAAGAUGAUUGAAUCUCAAAGCAUCGAAUUUGGAGCACAUGGGAUCGAGCUUGGGUUCACGUACGAGGAUGGUCUCAAAAUCCCAGACGGCACCCAAACUCCGGAGGUAGAUCCUCUCGGCCAGAAAUACUUCCCGACAACUCGACCAGGGCACCGUCUCCCUCAUGCAUGGUUGGUUUCGGAGGGUCGAGUCAUCUCGACGCACGAUCUGGUUGGACCUAAAGGGUCAUUUUUGCUUCUGACUGAUGAAAAUGGGCUGGAAUGGGCGGCAGCUGCAAAGCGACUAGUUCUUCGGUACAAGAUUCCUAUCCAGACCGCUCGAACUGGUGAGUCUCUGAGGGACAUAACAGACCAGUGGAAGAGCGUUAAGCAACUCGAGGAUGGCGGUGCAAUUUUGGUGCGGCCUGAUAAUUUCAUUGCUUGGAGAUCACGGGGCCCGUCGAAGGCGAAUGGUCAGGAGCUGGAGGCCUCGUUUGCUGUGCUGUUGGGACUUUCGCAGCCAAUUUUCGAACCAAGACAGCUGUCAGUUGAUUGA